AUGGCUGAAGCCAUGAGGAAUGCGCAGCUUGGCGAUGGUGACGAAGCGAAGAAGAUGCUCUCGACGGUGGUGGUGGAGGAAAUUCAAAAAGUCGACGAGUCCGCCACGCUGCAACCGCCCUCCGGUGUCACAUGCACUGUCACUCCGGCGGCCAAUGGAAAGGACUCUGCAGCAGCCAUCNAAAAAGCUUUCAAGAGUUGUGGACGAGCCAGAGCUGGACAUCGCAACCGCAUCGUGUUUCAGAACAUCACUUACACCAUUGGAAGCGUGUUGGAAACCACCGGCUUGAAGAACGUCGACAUUGAGCUGCACGGAACACUUUCCUGGGACAACUCCGACCUGAAUUACUGGCUGAACAACUCUUUGCCAGUUGGCUACCAAAACCAGAGCACUGCUUGGAGACUUGGUGGAGACGGCAUCACAUUCCAAGGAUAUGGAGCUGGAACCUUUAACGGCAAUGGAGAUGCCUGGUAUGAAUUCAUCAAUGGAAGAUCGAAUUACCCCAGACGGCCACAUCAGUUGACAAUUACCGAUACAACGAACUCGAUGUUUGGAGGCUUGAUCUUCCUUCAGAGCCAGAUGUGGACGAUGACAGUGAUCCACUCAUCGGACGUUCUCCUGCAGGAUAUUUAUGUCAACAACACUUCUAAGACAGGCGCACCCACGGUCAACACUGAUGGAGCGGACGUUAUCUACGCCAACAACAUCAUCUUCCGCAGAUGGAUUGUGGAUAAUGGCGACGACGCAAUCUCACCAAAGGCAAACUCGACCAACAUCUUGAUCGAAGACAGCGAGUUCUACAGAGGGUCCGGUAUUGCCCUCGGAAGUAUCGGUCAAAUGAAUGGCCAAUUUGAAACGAUCGAGAACGUGACUUGUCGCAACAUCACAUCUCAUAACACGAGAAAUGGUGCCUAUAUCAAGACGUCAGUAAUUCAUGCUCAUUUUGUCCGAUUCCUGCUGACACCACCACAGANNUGGACCGGAGUGAACAAGGGUGUCCCGCCGAAUGGAGGUGGUGGCGGUUUAGGCUAUGCGCAGAACCUCACCUUUGAGAACUUCAAGUUGAACAAUGUCCUGAAGGCAUUCACGAGUGAUUGCGACACCUCAAAGUUCAACAUCCGCGAUGUGUUCCUGAGCGAUUUCUCAGGCACGAUACGUGGAGAUGUUGCGACGACAAUGCAGUGCAGUGCAGCAGCACCUUGCCGCGAUAUUCAUAUCUCGAAUAUGGUCCUGGAGAACAACUCGAACAACACAAUACCACGACAGUAUCAAUGCGAUAGCGUCAAGGAGACAGUAGGGUUCCUCUGUACUGGACCUCCGGACGGAGAAGACAAUGCCUUCAAGAGAUGA